CGAAGGUGCCCCAUGGCGGAGCUGGGCGGCGCGGACGGGGGCCGGGACCCCGCGGUCUCCGAGCUGCAGCGGCUGGUGGCCGCCGAGCAGCAGCGGGCGCAGUUCACCGCCCAGGUUCAUAACUUCAUGGAAGUUUGCUGGGACAAAUGUGUGGACAAACCUGGCUCAAAGUUGGACUCCAGGACCGAAGGCUGUCUAGCCAGCUGUGUGGACAGAUUCAUUGAUACCACGUUAUCCAUCACUAACCGCUUUGCUCAAAUUGUACAGAAAGGAGGACACUGACCACUGUAUUUCCCAACUCUGGACAACCCAGUCCCUCCUGUUCAGUGGAACUGACUUAACCGUCAGUGGAGCAUCAUGUGUCCUAAGUUGCAUUUUAUGUGACACUUUCACAAAAUGCAGAAGUGCUUGAACAGUCAUUUGCAGAAAGCACAAUGAUCCCUGUGAAUUCUUUAGUUGCACUGAACUGUUCAUAAAUGUCAUCCUACUGCAUUUUAAUAAACCAUCAGGAAGUCUUGUGAUGUGAAAG